UGGAGGUCCAGCGAGCAAGAGGAGAGAGAGAGAGAGAGUACUUUCAUAGGCUCGACUUUAUUGACCUUUAACACAAAAAAGAGGAGAAAAGUCUAUCUCCCUCUCUGUCUCUCUAGUUUUGUAACUUUCUCUCUCUAGCUUUUCCCUCCCAUUGCCCGGUCGUGUGAUUAAAGGGGGGGGUCUGUGAUUUUUGGGAAACCAGUUCUCAACUUGUUCUCGUUUUGCUCUGUUGAGACCCAAUUCUUAGCAGCAAUCUUCCUCUCUUAUAGAAUCAAGAAAGAGAGCAUUCACUGUGCAGUGGUUCCAAGGGGAAACCCUGUCCAAUUGGUUUAAUAAUGGAGGGUAUUAUUGAAUUUGAAAAAAAGAGGCGAACUUUCAGUAAAUUUUCACUUUUGCUCGAAUUAGCGGCGACCGAUGAUCUGAUCAGCUUUAAAAUUGCUCAUGAAGAAGAGGCUCAUGAUAUUGAUGAGUCAAGCUUAUGGUAUGGUAGAAGAAUUGGCUCAAAGAAGAUGGGGUUUGAAGAGAGGACACCCCUUAUGAUUGCAGCCAUGUUUGGUAGCAAACAAGUUUUGAGUUACAUACUUGAAACUGGAAGAGUUGAUGUUAAUAGGGCUUGUGGUUCAGAUAGAGCCACCGCUCUCCACUGCGCUGUUGACGGUAGUUCCGUAAAUUCACCUGAUGUUGUCAGGCUUUUGCUCCAUGCUUUUGCUGAUCCCAAUUGUCUUGAUGCUAAUGGGAACCGACCCAGUGACUUGAUAAAUCCGUAUUUGUAUUCUUCCUUCAAUUCGAAGAGGAAAGUAGUUGAAUUCCUGCUAAAGGGAAGCAAUAAUAUUGGGGAAGAAUGUUUCUUGGCUGAUCAGGGCUUUGAACAUAACGAAGAACAAAAUGAUCAACAGAUGUUGACACCGACCUCCUCUAAAGAUGGGAGUGAGAAGAAAGAAUAUCCUGUUGAUCUCUCUCUUCCAGACAUCAAGAACGGGAUAUACGGGACGGAUGAGUUUAGAAUGUAUACGUUCAAGGUUAAGCCUUGCUCGAGGGCUUACUCGCAUGACUGGACAGAAUGUCCGUUUGUCCACCCUGGGGAAAACGCUAGGCGACGUGAUCCACGGAAAUAUCAUUAUAGCUGCGUGCCAUGUCCCGAGUUCCGAAAGGGGACGUGCAGGCAGGGGGAUGCUUGUGAAUACGCACAUGGAAUUUUUGAGUGCUGGCUUCACCCUGCGCAGUAUCGAACCCGUCUCUGCAAAGAUGAGACGGGUUGCUCCAGAAGGGUGUGCUUCUUUGCUCACAAACCUGAAGAGCUUCGCCCCUUGUAUGCCUCAACCGGGUCAGCAGUGCCUUCUCCUAGAUCAUUCUCAAACGGUGCUCCUUCGUUGGAUAUGACAUCAAUGAGCAUGCUUGGUCAUGGUUCUCCUCUUUUGAUGCCGCCCACUUCAACACCACCUAUGACUCCUUCAGGAGCUUCUUCUCCUAUGGGUGGGUCGAUGUCUAUGUGGCAGAACCAGCACAACAUCGUGCCUCCCACACUGCAGCUUCCUGGUAGCCGGUUGAAGUCUUCGUGGAGUGCUAGAGACAUGGAUUUAGAUGCUGAAUUACUUGGGCUUGAAAGUCAUCGUCGCAGGCAGCAGCAACAGUUGAUGGAUGAGAUGUCAAGUCUCUCCUCCCCAACCAGUUGGAAUUGUAACUUGGCUACUGCUGCAGCUUUUGCAGCUUCGUCUUUUGAUCGAAGUGGGGAUUUCAAUAGGCUCGGAGGUGUGAAACCUACCAACCUUGAUGAUGUUUUCGGAUCUAUUGAUCCUGCAAUUUUGCCUCAGUUCCAGGGACUUUCUCUAGAUGCCUCCGCAUCCCAAGCGCAGUCUCCAACUGGAAUGCAGAUGCGCCAGAACAUGAACCAGCAGCUCCGCUCGACCUAUCCUACAAGCCUUUCAUCCUCACCAGCCCGUGCAUCGUCAUCAAUGGGGAUUGACCCAUCUGGGGCUUCAGCAGCUGCAGCGGUUCUGAGUUCAAGGGCAGCUGCCUUUGCAAAGCGGAGCCAGAGCUUCAUCGAUAGGAGCACUGUGAACCAUCUCUCUGGGCUUCCUUUGCCUGCUUCUUCUGCAAAUGUAAUGCCUUCUAACCUUUCGGAUUGGGGAUCUCCAGAUGGGAAAUUGGAUUGGGGCAUUCAGAAAGAUGAGCUGAACAAAUUGAGGAAGUCUGCUUCUUUUGGCUACCGAAGCAACAGUAGCAAGUCUUUGGUGAACGAUGCCCCAAUGGUAAAAUCUGGGCACUUCGAUUUUGAGGAGCAGUAUCAGCAGUAUCAUUUGACCAGUGGUGGUUCUGAGAUUCUCCCCUCUUGGGUGGAGCAGCUGUACAUGGAGCAGGAGCAGAUGCAGAUGGUGGCUUAAAACUGAAGUUAGCAUCUGCAUUGGUUUUCUUAAUUUCAAAUUUAACAAUAUUUCUUGCCAUUUUUUGGAAUUUUUAUUCAUAUUCACCGUAUGUAGGUGGAAAGAAAUGGAGAGAAGGUAAGGCCUUACUAAAAUGUUGAAAACAAGGAACUUGGGCAGGAUAAAAAUGAUUCUGCUCAGAUAUUAUAUAUUUAUUUAAUUUCACAACCUACUUUUGCCCCCUCUUACUGUGUUUCUUUUGUUCUUGUAUUGAUAACUGCUAGAAAAAUGUUAGAUGAAUAUUUUCUUCUAAGACGAUAGUUCAGUUGGCACUACCAAAUUGUGAUGUGAAAUAGAAGUGCGGAGUUUUAUCUA